AAAAACUAAGAAACGGUUCUUAUCCGAAACUAAGAACCUCACCCUAAAAACCUUGGUUAAUCAUGGUCUUAAUGUUACUUUGCUUCUUCGGACUUGUCUGAUCAGAGCUCGUUUUAUUUUGUGACCAGACAAGAUCAUGACCAUCCAUUGGUUUUUACCAAACAAUCAUUGCUGUUCAUAUAUACAAUAACAAUUUCUCCAACGGCUAGCUCAGUAUCGUUAUUUGUUUAAUAAUAAAAUACAUAUAGAAGACGUGAUACAAAAUGCUCUCUCUAUUAUUGGAAGAGAGCGAGAGAGAGCUUCAUGGAGACGCAGUACGUCGUCGUUUCUUAGCUGUCUUUGCUGGCUUAUUUUUCUCAUCAUCAGUCUUCUAUUUGUUUAAAUAAUGGGCAAGUAAUCUCUUAGUAUGCUAAUGUAUCAACGUAUGUUUUAUAUCUUUAUAUGAAAUGAUUCGUUUUCAUCAAACAACCUAACUUGAAAUUACAGACAUGGCACCCACUCCUUCAUCUUUCCUUCAAACAUAAACCUCUAACAUCUUUAUAUGAAUGUGUUGUCAUUUGUUAACUUGUCAACCUCCUUUCAGACUUUCCGUUUAGAUAAAAACGAGUAUGGCCGGCGGUGGAAAGUGGCGGAGAGAGGCAGAGCAGUUGGUGGCUAAGCCUUUCAGGCUAGUAACAACAACUCUCCUCAGCCUCCUCCUUCCUCUCUCUUUCCUUCUCCUUAGCCGUCUCUCUUCAGCUUCCUUCCUCUUCUCCUUGCUCAUAUCUCCUCCGCCAACGGAUUCAUAUUUCUUCUUCUCUAUCUUCCAUUACACCAAUCCUGCGAUCUUGUACGCGGUCGUGUCGUUGAUAAGCGUUUACACUCUAGUUCUUGGUCUAACCACCAAGAUCACAGCUACAGAUCCCAACCGUUUGAUUCCUUUCUAUCCACAUACCAGCAUAGCAUGGCUAACGCUUUUCCUUGUUCAAGUCUCCGUCGGUCUAGGCCUCCAAGUAACGAGUCCUGACGGUUUAAUAAACGGAAGCGAACGUAACUUCUUGAGCAGGCUAGUGUUUUUCUUUGGUAUUCACGAGGUAAUGCUCCUGUGGUGUAGGGUGAUCGUUAGACCGGUGGUGGACAGCACGUUGAUCAGAGGAGACGCCGGUCGGAACAGGAGAGAAGAGACGGUGGUGGAGAGAGUGGCUUUGGCAGUCAGCUGUGGGACGUUGUGGUGGUGGAAGCUUCGGGAUGAGGUAGAGGCUUUGGUUGGUGUGGCAGAGGCUAAAAGAGCAUUGUUGUUGCUAUUACCAAUAGAUGGUAACGUCAACGUUGGUUUGGGUGUGGGAACGGUUGAUUUUGUGAACUGGUGGUUAUACUAUAUGAUUGUGACGAUUGGUAUGGUUAGGAUCGUUAAAGGGUGUUUAGGUUUUGGAAUGGUCUUGCUUUUCGAACAAGUUAGUAGAAGAGAUCCACGUGAACUUUCUACUGUUGUUGCUGCUGUUUCUACAACUUCUUCUGUUCAUUGUGAAGAUGAAGGUGACACUAAAGUGUAAGUUGAAUGCUUUUUUUUUUGAGUUGAUUACACAUAAGAACACUUUUUGUAUUUUCUUUACAUUGAGAGUCACUUCCCACA